AUGUCGGAGGAAUUGGUUUUGUUUGAUCUCCCUAGUAAGAAGGAAGCCGGCAACAGGGGUUGGUCUGGCAACACUUGGAAAACCCGCAUCGUUCUCAACUAUAAAAACAUACCAUACAAAACCCAGUGGAUAGAGUAUCCAGACAUUGCAGCAACUUUUGCCUCAUAUGGCAUUCCUCCAAACCCCGCAUCAUCAUCAGACGCUACUUACACCGUCCCCGUGGUGAAAUUUCCCAACGGCGACUACCUAAUGCAGUCGUAUGCUAUUGCGCAAAAGUUGGAGGAGUUAUUCCCUGAGCCCUCUUUACAUCUCGAGAGCGAUUCCUACAACAAAGUCGUGGCUGCUUGGUCCAAGAUUGACCCUGCCCUAGCCCCGGAAACGAGGCCCAGGGUGCCGAAAAAUAUCCUCAACCCCGCAAGUGUCGAGUAUUUCGAGCGUACGCGGGCCGCUCGACUUGGCAUGACCUUGGAAGAACUUUCCAAAUCUGAUAAAGCAGGGGAGGCUGCCUGGGCUGCCGCCGAGCCUGGUUUGCAGGCGCUGAAGGCGGUUUUGACGGAAAAUAGCUCCGGGCCAUAUAUUGACGGCGAUUCUGUCAGCUAUGGGGAUUUGGCACUUGCUGGCAACUACGCAUUUUUCGGGACGAUUCACGAGGAUCUGCUUAAGAGGCUCUUGAGUUAUGAUGAGAGCCUCCAGAGACACUAUGAUGCGUGUAAGAAAUGGUUGGAACGGAGCACUUUUUAG